AGAAAACUAACUGUAGAGCAAGAAACUCCCGUACGAAUAGUAGUUUUCUUCCCUAUCGUGAAGUGUUUGGAAAUCUCUUGUCUUGAUUGGUAAGACUGAACACAUUGCUUUGUCACUUAUUCAUAGAAGAAACCCACCAAAUUUGGGAGAGCAAAAGAAAAUUGUUCAUCUCAGUUUGUUUGACUUACCGGAAAUGUAUUUGCAGAACUAUGAAACUCCCUUAGCAGAACAUCAUUUUUCGUCUCUCUGUUUUUAAUAUGUGCAAUGGCUGGAGAUAUAAUCUACGCGGAUAUUAAAACUGAUGGGGCUUUUUCUCUAGGAAAUUCAUCUUCGCUUCAGAAAUCUGAUACUCACCAUCAUGGAAUUUUCUUGAAAGUUGGAUGUGCAAUUAUCAUCAUCCUUCUUGUAAUAGUAAUUGUGUUGAGCAUUUUGGUUUCCCAGUUCAAUUCUGCAAGACAUAAUACAACGGAUGAUGAAUCAAAAGAGAAAUUCUGUGCCGGGGAAAAUAAAUCUGGAACAGUCGCCUCAAUAGUUUCUUUCAACUCUUCUACUGCUCAUAAAUCAUGCCCUUCGAAAGACUGGAGGCUACACGGGGGGAAAUGUUACUGGGUUGCUGAAGCUAAUAAAUCUUGGCAUGAAAGUAAAAAUGACUGUGCCAUGAAAAAUUCACAUCUCAUGGUGAUUCGAGACUUCAUCGAUAUGAGUUUCCUAUGGAAGCACCUAAAUACUGGAGUGUUUUACUGGAUUGGCUUGACUAUUCCACCUGGAGGGGAAUCAUGGACCUGGGUAGACAACAACCCUUUUGACUCCCAUCUGUUUUCACUAGAAGAAAAAUGGCGGACCCGGAGCAUGAAAUGUGCCCAGGUGUCUCAAAUUAAGAUAGCUGAACAAAAAUGUGGGAAAAUUAAUCCGUGGAUCUGUCAACUGUAACCCACACCGCAGGAAAUCAGUCUCCAUUUCUCUGACGGAAAGACACCACAUGAAGUUUGAAUUCAGAAUAUAUCAAAGUCCAGAGGGCCACGUGUGUCCCAGAGGGGUGUGUGUGUGUGUGUGUGUGUGUGUAU